AUUUACAUAAAGGGACCUUGGGAGUUGGAGAAGCACAGUGUUGGCAUUACAUGGCUUGGAGCACCGGGCACCUCAGCAUCAUGAGUUGGUCCUUGCACCCCCGGAGUUUAAUUCUGCUCUUCUACACUUUCCUACUGUUGUCUCCAACAUGCCGGGCAUAUAUUGCUACCAGGGACAACUGCUGCAUCUUAGAUGAAAGAUUUGGUAGUUACUGCCCAACUACUUGUGGCAUUGCAGAUUUCCUGGUCAAUUACCAAAACAAAGCAGACAAGGAUCUGAAGACUAUGGAAGACCUCUUCCACGAUAUUGAAAACAAUACCUUAGAAGCUAGAGAACUGGUCAAAGCGAUCCAAAUCUCUUACGAUCCCGAUCCCGGAGCUCCAGCCAAACCCCAUCGGAUAGAGAGUGCCACUCGAGACUCCAAGAAGAUGAUGGAAGAGAUCAUAAAAUAUGAAGCACUGGUUAUAACACACCAAUCAACUAUCCGCUUUUUGCAGGAUAUUUAUAAUUCAAACAACCAGAAGAUUAUUAACCUGAAACAGAAGGUAGCCCAGCUUGAAGCAGGGUGCCAGGAACCUUGCAAAGACACGGUGCAAAUACAGUCUACAACUGGGAAAGAUUGCCAAGACAUUGCCAAUAAGGGAGCCAAACAGAGUGGGCUUUACUUUAUCAAACCACUGAAAGCUAAGCAGCAGUUCUUAGUCUACUGUGAAAUCGACAGCUCUGGAAAUGGAUGGACUGUGCUUCAGAAGAGGCUUGAUGGCAGUUUGGAUUUCAAGAAAAAUUGGAUCCAGUAUAAAGAAGGAUUUGGACAUCUGUCUCCUACUGGCAACACAGAAUUUUGGUUGGGAAAUGAAAAGAUUCACUUAAUAAGCACACAGUCAGCCAUCCCAUAUGCAUUAAGAGUGGAGCUGGAGGAUUGGAAUGGCAAAACCAGUACUGCUGACUAUGCCAUGUUCAAGGUGGGACCCGAGGCUGACAAGUAUCGCCUGACUUAUGCCUACUUUCUCGGUGGAGAGGCUGGGGAUGCCUUCGAUGGCUUUGAUUUUGGUGAUGAUGCUAGUGACAAGUUCUUCACAUCCCACAACGGCAUGCAGUUCAGUACCUGGGACAAUGACAAUGAUAAGUUUGAAGGCAACUGUGCUGAACAGGAUGGAUCUGGUUGGUGGAUGAACAAGUGUCAUGCUGGCCAUCUCAAUGGAGUCUACUACCAAGGUGGCACUUACUCAAAAGCAUCUACUCCUAAUGGCUAUGAUAACGGCAUUAUUUGGGCCACUUGGAAGUCCCGGUGGUAUUCAAUGAAGAAGACCACUAUGAAGAUCAUCCCAUUAAACAGACUUUCCAUAGGAGAAGGGCAGCAACACCAUCUUGGGGGAGCCAAACAGGUCCGACCAGAGCACCAAGUUGAUAUAGAAUAUGAUGAGUAGACAUAACCCUGAAAAUUGUUUAAUGAAAUUAACCCAAAGGGUUCAGAGAAACUUCUCUGCAAGUUUCUUCCUGUUUUCCCUUAAUGUAUUUAUUCAUUUUAAGUCUUUUGUAAAACUUAAUUAGCCUUAAACUGAAAUUAAAAUCCAUUUUGGACCAUGUUCUAAAAUAACUGACAUUAGAGUUAUUUAAAUUUGGUGACACAGUAUUUCUACUUAGCUCCUAAAUAUUUGAUAAAACCAACAUCAUGUUUCUCACUUUAAUGAUCACCCAAUUUUGCUUUGGAGAUUAUUAAUACUCUCAAAUAUUUUAGCACAUAACAGUAAAAUAAGAGUAAACUCUAGCAUCACCAAUAAAUACUCAAAUAUUUUGCCCAUGUUAUUACUACUAAAUGCUUUGUAAAUUGAGAGAAUUAUACGUGUUUAAUAUAUUUUUUGUUUUGGUCAUAGGCUGGAGACGUUUAACAGGCCAUUUCAAAAGUGAUUUCCUUUUUUUAAAAGGACUUUAUCUGAACAGAGAAAUAUAAUAUUUCUCCUGUGGGACAAUGGACUUGCAAAACCUCACUUCAUUUUAAGAGUAAAAAGAACCCAUGUUGUAAACUCCACCAACAGUUUUAUACUGGUGAUAAUUUAUCUACCUGCCAUUUCAAUAAACAUUUUAUUUCCUAAGACUA